GUCACAUCAUACUGCGCACAUCCAUUUAGACUGUAGCUCCGUUAUGGUGAAAACUCUCCAUAGCAAACAGAUGCGCCCACCUGAUCUGUGGGAAUGAAUUUAGGAAUUUUAACAGUUUUCGUUAUUAUUUCCUCUACUGUUACCAAGUUGCUAGACGCUAUGUGGCAAGAAAAGUCCUGGGAUUCCACCCUAAACUCCUGGUGGCAUUACAAAGAAGGUGUAAUUGGAGGUCCGAGUCACUGGGGGCAGAUGGCUUUCAUGGCUAUUACUAAUGACAUUUGGUCUAUUUGCUAUCAAGGGAAAAUGCAAUCACCAAUCAACAUCUCUACAAGACAUCUAGUAUUUGAUACUAAUUUGGAGCCUUUAAAAAUACUAGGCCUAGAUAAACAGAUAGACGUGGAGAUAGUAAAUACUGGACAAGAUUUACAAUUGAAAAUUCUUGAUUCAACAACAUUGAUUGUAUUCAGUGAAGGACCGUUGGUAUACGAUUACAGACUAUUUGGUGUGAUUAUAAAAUUUGGUUCAAGGUCAGAUCGUGGUUCAGAUCAUCAAAUUGAUGGUGUUGCUUUUCCAGCUGAGCUGCAAUUGUAUGCAUUCAAUUACAUUUUAUAUCCAAAUUUUUCAGUUGCACUAUCCAAACCAAAUGGGUUGGCUGCGUUGUCUAUUUUUUGUCAAAUUGGUGAUCAGUCAUCAGCUGAUUUAGAAGCUAUAAUUUCAAUGGCGGAUCAGGUGCAAUUAAAAGGGCAGUAUAAGAAGCUUCACGGUUUGUUAUUGAAUGCAAUAAUUCCUUCCACUGCUCAAUAUAUGACCUAUCAUGGUUCCUUACCCUUUCCUGCUUGUUAUGAAACAGUCACUUGGAUUAUACUCAACCAACCAGUUAUAAUCACAGAAACACAGUUAAAAUCUCUCCGUCAACUUCGAAUCUCUUCAUUUCGAGAAUCUGGUAGAAUGGCCGAUAAUUAUCGAACGAUUCAGAAACUGAACAAUCGUUCGGUAAGGACAAAUAUCGACUUCAUGCAAACUCAACCAUACUGUUCAAUGCAAUCUGGAAGAACUUAUAUUGCUUCAAUAGCAUCAACGAAAACUCUAGAAAACUAAAACGUUUAGUCAUUACAUGAUUUGUUCGUACAUGUGAAUGCGUUCAUUUCAAAGCGUU